AUGGUACAAGGUUUAAAGAACAAAAAGGGGUCAGGAAAGCCAGGACAUACUUAGAGAAAAGCUCGUCCAACUUAAUAGCAUGGUAACACUUUCAAAAAGAAGAACAAUAUCAAGAUCACUCAGGAAAUCAAUAAAAAUAUUGAGGAGCUGAUUAGAGAAAGAGCAAGACAAGGACAGAUGAACCUUAAGAUUCUCAAAGACAAUAGGGAAUAUAAGACAAAACCCAUUAAGAAAUGA